GCUAACAAGUCUCAGAAUCACUUGAAAUUCGUGGUGACCGAGGAAAGUCUUGGAAAUAAGUCUCACGACAUCAUUCUUUAUGAAGCAGGGGUUCCAACACCUUUCGUUCCACCAGGGAAGCCGCAAGGCCUAAAGGUUCUGGCUGUUAAACACGAUACCAUGAAACUUUCAUGGGAACCGCCCACUUAUGGAAUGGAAUCAGUGGAAGCAUACUUGGUGUCCUUUAGACCAUUCGGGUGUCAAGAGAAAUGGCAUGAGCACAAGGUAAAUGAGAAGAAAGAAGAUACCUUAAUCACAGGCCUAACACCCAAAACAAAGUACGAGUGGAAGGAACUCUACGUCAAAGUAGUAAAGUGGCGUCAACUCACCCCACGCUACGACAUAUUCAAUAUCAAGGUUCGAAGUAUUUGCUCAGUUGGUGAGAGCGAGGACAGUGAAAUGAAUGGGCCAAUCCAGACGGAAGAUUUCCAACCGAUUCGGUUGGCUGAGAAGCUUCUCCAACAAUCCGAGCUCAUUGAAGCGGAUCACUUGGGAGAUAGAGAAACAUCUACAUCUGUCGACCCACUAGAAACUGUGGCACUCUACAAGCUGCCUUUGAGAGAGACCAAGGAUCAGGCAACAAACAAAGUGAUGAAGUAUGCGGUUGGCGAACCCGUCUUCCCACCGAAGCCUGAGAGGACAAUUCUGGUAGUUGGUGCAACUGGAUCAGGUAAGUAG